CGAUCGAACCCAACUCUCGCACCGUUGGUGACCGGCCACUGCCUCGCACGACUAGGAACGCAUAUCCGCCUCCUUGCCGCCCUCCACUCCGUCACGCGAAACCCCCUCCCCUUUCGCAGCGAGGCUUAGAGGUCGAUUUGCCCGCAAGGAGUCAUUGGUUCUCGGUAGCUUCGAUGGCGUCGGUGUUAGGCUUGGUAGGAAUUCUUGGCCAUCGUUUUCUGUCUCAGCAUUCGGCGUUGGAUGUGGGUUUGGAGUUGAAUGGGGUUUCGGAGGGAUGCCCCUGCAUAUCUUUGGCCUGGGAAUAGGUCAGCAUCGCUUGCUUGGUAUCUUAUUUGAUAUUGCCAAAAUUUCAUAUGAGAAGGCUGAGGCUGCCUAGUGGGAUUUGGUCUUGGUUGGGGCUUUGGUAGUCAAUCGUCUGUAAGUACCUGUCCUCAAAAGUCACUUUCCGGGGCUUCCAAUUUGGUAACAAGGUAAUCAGAUACACAGCAGCAGUGCCAUCAGAUUCCUCAAAGCGCGCUCAACAGGUUCAAGUUUCACUUCACUUGCAAAUCCUGUUUUCCUGCUAUUUAACUGCUUAAUUGUUCUAUGAUCAGAUUCCUUGUGAUUUAUCAUUAAUUACUUAGUUCUUAGCCCGUCGCAGUUGAUAGAUCCUUUUUCUGAUAUUGAGAAAAAUUGCAUGAAAAACAAAAGACUGAAUAUUGGAGGUCACAAUCACUCAAAUUCCAAGAUUUGUUUGGGAGCGAAAUAUCUGACCCAAAUUAAUAUAUCAUGCAUUGCAACAUAUUGUUGCUUUUUAGUCUUAGUAUUACAUUAUUAUUAUCAGUGAAUCAUGUAAUUUUAUUAGUCAAACUCGAGCCUGAUCCAACUUCAUUUUAACAUGCAUGAGAUGCCUAGUGAGUCCUUGUCCAAUUCUCCCAUGCAGAAACCUCAUCACACUAGAGCAAUUAUUAUCCAAAAAGUUGCCAUCUUCCUCAAUGAUUUCUCCAUCCGUAGUGCCACCAAAAUAUCACCAUAAACUGUCCACCACUAUGGGGGAUUUCUCAUGGUGGAUUUGUGCAUGCACACUUCUGCUUUACCAGGCAGAACAGCUAAACAUUGCACCCAUUUGUCAAGAAAUGGUAGCCUGUCAUGUUCUGGGCAGCCUAAAAGUUUGAUCUGGGCACUGGAACAUAAUGAAAGCACCAGUAUCUACAUCUACCAAGUUGUUUGCUUUACUUCCAAAAAUACUUGCAUGACAGCACAACUUAGCUUCACCAAGCCAUUACAUGGUGUAUAUGAUGCCCUCAUAGCAUCUUCCACCUCACAAUUCUUUCCAGUGGCUAACCUCCAAAACCUCCAGCAUCACAUCCUCCAUGACACCUCAGUGAAACCCCAAAAGACUCAUACCUCCAUGCAUGAAUCACCUUUCUGGUCAGGUUAAGAUCCAACAUUGGACCCCACUACAGAGGCCCGACUGCUUCACAAGCUCAUCCUAAUUGCAAGUGUGAGUGUGAUUCAAGUGUUGUCUGUGAGAGGCAAUGGAUGUAGUUGACAUGGAUAAACUCUUUCUCCCUCUGGAGUGGAGUUUAGUGACAGAGGCAUUCAGUAACUGAAGAACAUCAAAACCAGUCUGGUCUCUCUUCAAUUACAAGUUUCCAAAGAGCUGCUGUCCCACCUGCCCCCCAUGGCAUCUACAGGAACAUGGAGAGACUGGAAAGGAGAUUAAAAAGACCAUCCAACUUGACAUAGAUCUUCUUUUUCUCAUAGAUUUUUUUUCUCCUGAGGCCAACCUAUCAAUUGGUACUCUAUCCAUUAACUACUUCCACUGCCCAAAAUCCAUGCCACAUGAAGUAGUUUCUUUAGGCUGCUUGUAGGGGAGGCACGCAAGGGCCCGCCCACAAGCCUACACAACGGGAAUGUCUCAAGCAUCGGAAUUCCCUCUUCCAGUCUCCAUCGCCUCCUAUAAAUCUCCAACCUUCCUUUCCUCCAGAGAAAAGGUUGAAGAAGCCCAAGCAAUGACAAUGGCAGUGGCAGCACAAGAGAAAUGGGAGGAAGCCUUUGAGGAAGAAGAGGAGGCCUUGUCGCUCUCUGGCCUCCAGGUGGCCGUCGACAAAGAUGACGACGGUGAGUGCAAGUCUAGUGAUGCGGAGGAGGACUUCGAGUUCCGGAUAUCGGUGGCGGGAGGUCUCCUUUCCAAUGCCGCGGAGACCGACAUGUGCGCCGCCGAUGAAGUGUUCUUCCAAGGCCAGAUUCUUCCACUGCGGCCCUCCAUCGGCUCCUGUAAACCGAGCUGGAGCAGGUCGAGGUCCGACUCCUUCGACCAGUACUCAUCUACCAUUCUUGGCUUGGGCUUCAACUGUGCAAGCCGGAGUAGCAGCAGCAGCAGGAGCAGUAGCAGCUGCAUCAGCAGGAGCCAUUCAUCAAACAGUCACUCGAGCAGCACCAGCGAGCACCCGCGGGUGUCACUUCCCGGCAACUUCUGCGCCCGUCCGAGUCCUACGCCGCAGGUUCGCGUCCUUAGGAAGGCGAGCGCGGGCCGGAGGAGCACGAGCUCAGCGCCGCCAGGGUGGGGUAUCUUUCGGCUGGGCAUCGCCAAGGCCCCCGAGAUCGAAUUGUACGACAUGAUGUCGCGAAGGUCGAACAGCUGCGGUGUCAGCAGCAGGAAGAGCGACGCGGAGGCCAAACAAGCGAAGAAGGCAUCGAGAGGUACAAGAAUCGAGGCAAAUGUCCAAAAGAAGGCACCGCCGCGGCCCGGCGGUCGUGGGUUCAGCUGCAAGUGCUCGUCGGAUGCGCUGGAGCCAAUAGCCAUACCAACAAAGAAGAAAAAGGAGGAGACGAUGAGCUUAAAGAGGGGUGAAACCGUGCGCAGGAGUAGGGUGUUUGAAUGGCUGGAGGAUCUUUCCAUUGCAAAGGGAACAUGGAGUUGAGGUGGUGAUGGUGAAGAAAAGACUGGUCUUUGCCUUGUCCAUCAGCUGGUCCUCCUCCUCCUUUCUUGUGGUUCUGUCAUAUCAUGCUUAAGAUGAGCCUUUCUUUCUUGAGAGGCUUUGAUGAUGAUGAUGAUGGUGGGGAUGGAAUGGAAAGGGAACUAUGGGUGUUUUGCCUGGGUACAUAACCCACACAAGCCUUUACAAAAGCUUGUGGUUUUCCUUCUUUCAAGAACAAGAAAAAUUAAAGCUUCAAGGAAAAGUUUGAUGGUUUUCUAA